UCCAUGAAUGGGACUGGAGUGGGGAAUGUUGCUGAGGUCCUAUUGUUUGAGCUGUCACUUCUAAAAGGGCUUCAGGGAGCUGACCACUAUAAAACCCAACUUGCAGGGGACCGGGCACACAACACAGCCUAGACUCCAGAGCCUACAGAGAAAGCCAGAGACAUUCCCUGCCUGACACUGAGGAGGACUACCUGCAAGAUGAUGUUCCCCAGCCUCCUAGCUCCUCCAGCAGUCUACCCCAACCUUCUCAGGCCAACCCCAACCCUACCUCAGACACUGCAAACUGCCUUGACCACCCAUUCGAGCUUUUUGGUGGAGGACCUCAUAAGGAUCAGCAGGCCUGCAAGCUACCUACCCCGGGCUGUGCCACCACCUAGUGUCUCACCACCAACCUCAGACAGCCCCAUCAGUAUGUCUGACACCUCAGAGCUCCUGAGCUCCAGAAGACCAUGUGAAGCCCAGAACACAAACAGCUCGACGUUCCUCAAGUUUGGAGUGAACGCCAUCUUGUCCUCUCCUAAUCCUAGAACAGAUUCUUCCCAGAAUCUUCUCCCCACCGUCCCUCCAAAGACCUUCUCCUUGCCAUAUUUUGAGAGCUCCUUCCAUCCGUUCAUCAGGUCCUCAUAUUUUCCAGCCUCCUCCUCUGUGGUCCCCAUGCCUGGAACAUUCGCCUGGCCGCUCGCUGCCCGGGGGAAGCCCCGUCGAGGAAUGCUCCGCAGGGCCGUGUUUUCUGACGUGCAGCGCAAAGCUCUUGAGAAAAUGUUUCAGAAGCAAAAAUACAUCAGCAAACCCGACCGGAAAAAACUGGCGGGAAAACUGGGACUGAAGGACUCUCAGGUGAAAAUCUGGUUCCAAAACAGGAGAAUGAAAUGGAGGAACUCUAAAGAGAGGGAGCUGCUGUCUUCAGGGGGCUGCAGGGAACAGACCUUGCCCACCAAGUUUAACCCCAACCCCGACCUCAGUGACGUGGGAAAGAAGAUCCUAGAAGGCGAGGACGAGGCCCUGUCCUAUCAGCGCUUGGAGCUCCCCCUAGUGGUGGACUCACAAUUACCCCCCUCCCCAUUUAAUUCCAGCAGUCACAGCAAACAGUCCGACUUAUCAGACUCUGAUAUUGAAGACGAGGACGAUGAGAUCACGGUCUCCUAA